CGUUGGUAGAUCUAUCCACGUGUAGCUUUCUGUGCUUUCUUUUUGUAUUUUUAUGUUAUUCUAGUUCAGUCGUAAAAAGUCGAUCAAAUAGUGGUAGUUUCAUUGCAAUAAAGAUUUAUUGUGUUGUUAUUAAAAUAUUCCUAACCUUUAAUUUAACGCAACAAUAUGAGUAACGUAAAUAUUGAAGAUACUAUUAAAAAAUCAAAAAGUAACCUAUCUUUUUGGUCGCCUUUAAACGAUAGUUUUAACCCCCCUAAUAAAAAAUCAAGGUGCAGUUGGCAUAAAAAUGCUAGCAGGGAGUCAACACCUCAUACAACACAAGACUGGAAACGCACGACCAAAAUUCUGCCUAACGCACUGGAAGCAAUUGGAAAUACCCCUCUCAUAAAAUUAAAUAGGAUUCCACAAGCUGAAGGACUGAAAUGCGAUGUCUAUGUAAAAUGCGAAUUUUUCAAUCCAGGAGGCUCGGUUAAAGACAGAAUUGGCAAAAGACUUAUCGAAGAUGCUGAAAAGCAGGGUCUGCUCAAACCAGGCUACACCAUCAUCGAACCAUCUUCUGGAAAUACUGGAAUAGGUCUAGCUUUAGCGGCAGCUAUCAAAGGUUAUAGAUGCAUAAUAGUGAUGUCUGAAAAAAUGUCAAACGAGAAAGUGUCUGUUUUGUCUGCACUUGGAGCUGAAAUCGUUCGUACACCGGUAAAUGCCGAUUCAAAUUCUGCUGAAGGGAUGUUUGGAGUUACUCAUAGACUUAGGAAAGAAAUACCCAAUUCUAUAAUUUUGGAUCAGUAUUCAAAUCCAGGAAACCCUUUAGCACACUACGACACCACAGCGGAAGAAAUUUACUUCCAGUGCGACAAAAACGUUGACAUGAUUGUUAUAGGCGCAGGCACAGGGGGCACCAUAGCAGGUAUUGGAAGAAAAUUCAAAGAAAUAUCUCCCCAAACAACGAUCGUUGGAGCUGACCCAGUAGGAUCGAUCUUAGCUCAACCAGAGUCUUUGAAUAACACAGAUGCUGGCUUCUACGAGGUGGAAGGUAUAGGAUACGACUUCAUACCUACCGUUUUAGAUCGAGAUGUGGUCGACGUGUGGGUGAAGACAACCGACCAGGAGUCGCUGCCUUUGGCUAGAAGGCUUAUAAAAGAAGAGGGGUUAUUAGUAGGUUCAAGUUGUGGUGCAGCAAUAGCAGCUACAAUUAAAGCAGCGAAAAAUCUAGAAGCAGGAAAAAAAGUGGUGGUAAUCAUGCCAGAUAGUAUCAGAAAUUAUAUAACGAAAUUUGCCUCUGACCAAUGGAUGGAAGCUAGAGAUCUAAUGACGCCUGUCAACACUAUGAACCAUUGGUGGUGGGACAAAAAUAUUUUGGAGCUAGAUCUGCCUACAUUGCACGUAGCUACUGAGAGUAUGACUUGCGAAAGGAUUUUAAAUAUGAUGAAAAAGGCUGGGAUAGAUCAAACACCUGUCGUUGAUAGUGCAGGAAAUAUGGUGGGGAUGUUAACGUUACAGAAUUUGAUGCAGGGCCUACUUAGAGGUACCAUAAAAUCUAACGAAACGGUGGAACGAUGUGUGGUGCGAAUUUAUCCUAAAGUUCAAAAAACAGCAAGCAUCGGUCUUAUCUCAAGAAUUUUGGAAAAAGAAUCUUAUGUUGUAGUUCUCGAUUCCAAAGGAGCUGUUGAAAAGCCCUUGGGAAUAGUAACUGCUAUGGAUUUACUACAAUAUAUUCAGCAGAAAUAAACAAUGAACAAACAACAUUUCUGAAUUAAUUUUAUAUCUUUUUUACACAUCAAUUAUUUUAACCUUCGAAAAUGUUUAGAACAAAUCAGUCGAUAUAUAAAUGGAAAUCAAAAGAACCAAUCAAAAAUGUAAGACUGAUUAGUAAUUAAGAGUCCAGUCACGUGAACAAUUUAAUGUUUUUAGUCCAUUUUUGGUAAUCUAUUCAACUAUUUUUCCUGCAGCACUUUUGUUUCUUGGCUUGGAUUUUUCCUGCUCCUUUAUUUUCAAUCAUAAGCUUGUAUUUUAACUUGGUACUAAAAUAAUAUAAAAGUGGGGAAGAACAAAAUACGAGAAAUUUGUCAUGUCAACUGUCAUUUAUAUGAGGCCAUUUUAUCGUCCAUUUAAAUGACGUCUAACCUCACUUCCUUGUUGCUCUCUCCUCUUUUGUAAACGUUUUCAACAUGAUCUAUCUACCUACUUUCUAAAAUUCUCCCAAGAAAAUGUUUAUUUUUAAAAGAUGAUUUUACUAUGAUUUUAACUUUGCUGCUUUGAAUGUUUGCCAUUUUGUGUAUGAUCUGAAGACCUGACAAUUUUAUUUGGCAAAUACUUAAGCUGUACUUUGUACUUAUUCUUGCAAUAUUUAAAAGUUUGUUUUUUAUAUUUUUAUUUUAGAAUUAAAAGGUUGUUGUGAA